CACUCCACACUCCGAUUUCAUUAGCUGCAACUUUUGCAAACUAUUCCCAAAGCAGAAGCUCUAAUCGCAGUCUUUGCUCUUCAUCUUGGAUUUUACUAGCAAAUAACUUUCUUUCUUUCUUUCUUUCUUUCUUUCUUUCUUUCUUUCUUUCUUUCUUUCUUUCUUUCUUUCCUUGCUUACUUGCUUUUAUCUUUCUUUCUCUCUCCACUUAACUCUAGUCUGGAAAACUGCAGGGCUACAUUGUUUUAGCACAACACAAACAUGAUGAAAAAGAUUCUCCCUUUCAAGAAGAUCUCCUUUCUUCAGGUCUACCUUGUUUUUUGUUAUGUUGAUCUGGCCCUGCUUGGCUUUAUCACGUGGGCUCUCCCCAUGGAGGACCAGGAUUACUACCUACAAGAAAUCAUCAAUAGGAAUCAUUAUUAUUCUUAUCCGGAUCCCAAUGAGGACUUGUCACCUUUCACGGAGCAACCAAGAGAAAAAGACUUGAAACCUGCUGCAGAAAUAGAGGUAUCUCCAAGAUUCAAACCAGGCAAGAAAGAGUACAAAUCAAAGAAAAUUAUCAAACCAAGAAAGGAUAAAUCAACUCUGGAAACACCACCAGCCAAAAAUGGUAACAAGAAAGGUGAGAAAAACAAGAAGAUCAAUGAAAGAACACCAGAUGGCGACUAUGAAAGGCGAAACACUGAUGAAGACAGCAGAGAAAAUGCCUUUGUAUUACAACAUCCAGAAUAUAACCAAGUGUCCAGCGAGUAUCAG